AUGCCUGGGGAAGGAGGAAAGUCUGAUAUGGACAGGAUUGGCCUCUUCAGUGAGAUGGAAUAUAUUACUAUUGGGGAUAAAUACGUGUCACCAUUUAGUCGACCUUUUAAUGAGGCUGCAAGCAAAAAUAAACAGAUGCUACCCGGGGGAUCCAAACAAAUGUCAGAUCUCCAGCCAGGUUAUUUUGAGCCCCAUUUUGCAAGGAUUUUUGAAGGUGAAGGUUAUGUUAAUCUGAAUCAAGUGAGACGUCGUCAUAUGAUGGAAGAAGCCAAAAAAAAUCUCGGCAAAGCCUUCCUUCCUAGUAGUGGAGAGAAAAAGCCGUCUGGAUUUGGAAGCUACUAUGGAACAAUAGGUGGCCCCCUCCCAUUCUUCAGUGCACAGUUAACACCCAAAGAAAAAUACCAGCCACCUGGGAAGAACUUAUACACGAGCCCAGGAAAGAAAGGAACUGGAUACGGCUAUGCAAAUCUUACCAUAGGUAAACAACCCGUACACUCUGAUGAUUUCUACGAUGAAGCAAAACUAUCACGGAAGAAAGAGAAUGAGAUACACCAUAAGUUACUUAGAGGGGCACCUUUCAAGUUAAAUUCUUACCCAAAGGACUAUUUUGACAGCAAUCCUUAUUUUUAUGAUAAACCUUUACCACCAAUUAAGAAAGAAGAGAAACCAGCAUCAACUCCAGCCCCCUUUAAGCCCUCUUCUCCUGGUAAAAAGGCUGGUGGCAUGAAGGCAGGAACAUUUGACCCCUACCCUUCACAUUCUGCUGACGUUUAUAUGACUAAACCACCCAAACCAUAUUCCAGCAAAGAGGAAAAGAUUUUUCACCCACCAGGAGGACCAAAAGGCAGACCAGUACAAAGUAUAAUGACUUUAAAUGUCAGAAGGGCACUAAAUAUGAAGAACUACAAGACUGCUUCAGUACAGUCCUAUUAA